UCUCUGCUCUGCCUUUUCCAGCCAGGACCGACUGCCAAAAGGACCUGUGGCCCCGCCGUCUCCUUCCUCUCUCCACAGACCCCCUCGUUCACCCGCCGUUUCCCCCCAUCGUGACUCGCCAUGGACCCCAACGCCAUCAAGGAGGAGCUGCGUCUGUUUCAGAGCACCCUGCUUCAGGACGGGCUGAAGGAGCUGCUGAACGAGAACAAGUUUGUGGACUGCACCCUGAAGGUGGGCGACCGCAGCUUCCCGUGCCAUCGGCUGAUCAUGGCCGCCUGCAGCCCUUACUUCAGGGAGAUCUUCUUCACGGAGGACGGGAAGGAGGUGGAGAACACCAAGGAGGUUGUCCUGGAGGACGUCAACCCUUCCAUCCUGGACAUGGUCGUCCAGUACCUCUACUCGGCCGAGAUCGACCUCACCGAUGACAACGUACAGGAUAUAAUUGCCGUGGCGAACAGAUUCCAGAUCCCUUCCGUCUUCACGGUGUGCGUCAACUACCUUCAGAAGAAGUUGUCUCUGGGCAACUGCAUGGCCAUUUUCAGGAUGGGUCUGGUGCUCGGCUGUCCCAGGCUCGCAGUGGCCGCACGCAACUACAUAGCGGACCGCUUCGAACUCCUCUACAAAGACGAGGAGUUCCUCAAGCUCGCGGCGCACGAACUGUUCGCCGUCAUCGGCGGAGACUCGCUGAACGUUGGGAAGGAAGAACUGGUGUUCGAGUCGGUCAUGGCGUGGGUCCGCCACGACAAGGAGCGCGUCAAGCUCCUGAAGGACGCUUUCAACUGCAUCCGCUUCCGCCUGCUGCCGGAGAAGUACUUCAAGGAGAAAGUGGAGACCGACGACAUCAUCAAGGCCGACCCGGAACUCCAGAAGACGAUCCAGGUCAUCAGGGACGCCUACAAGGGGAAACUUCCAGAGACGCCCAAGAAGAAGGAGGGGGAGGAAGGUGGCGAGGAGGAAGAGGAGGGCAGCCUACUCCCUGGCUUCCUGAACGAAGACCGCAGACACGGCAUGUUCACGCGUGAAUUCAUCAUCAUGAUCAACGAUACGGCGGCGGUGGCGUACGACGUCAGCGAGAACGAGUGCUUCCUGGCGGCCAUGUCGGAGCAGGUGCCACGCAACCACGUCAGCCUGGCGUCACAGAGGAACCAGCUCUACAUCAUUGGAGGACUGUUUGUGGACGAGGAGAACAAAGAUCUACCCCUGCAAUGUUACUUCUACUUGUUGGAUCAACUCACAUCCGAAUGGGUCGCUCUGCCGCCCAUGCCUUCUCCGAGAUGCCUCUUCAACAUCGGGGAGAGCGACAACCUGCUGUUCGCCGUGGCCGGAAAGGACCUCCAGACCAACGAGUCGCUGGACACGGUCAUGUGCUACGAUGUUGAGAAGAUGAGGUGGAGUGAGGCCAAAAAGCUUCCUCUGAAGCUCCACGGCCAUUCUGUCGUCUCCCACAAAGGAAUGAUCUACUGCAUUGGUGGAAAGACAGAUGACAACAAAGCCCUCAACAAGAUGUUUGCGUACAACCACAAGCAGGCCGAGUGGAGGGAGCUGGCGGCCAUGAAGACACCCAGGGCCAUGUUCGGAUCCGUCGUCCACAACGGCAAGAUCGUGGUGGCCGGCGGAGUCAACGAGGAAGGACUCAGCGAUAGUUGUGAAGCGUAUGACUUCGCAGCAAACAAGUGGGAGCCCUUCACAGAGUUCCCCCAGGAGAGGAGCUCCGUCAACCUGUUGAGCAACGGCGGCUCCCUGUACGCUGUGGGCGGCUUCGCCAUGAUUCAGGCGGAGAACAAGGAGUUGGCUCCCACAGAGGUCACCGACGUCUGGCAGUACGAGGAUGAUAAGAAGCUGUGGAGUGGGAUGCUGAGGGAGAUGCGGUACGCUGCCGGCUCCUCCUGUGUGUCCAUGAGCCUCAACGCUGCCAGGAUGCCCAAACUGUAGACAGAAUCUUUCUUUCUUUCUUUCUUAACCCCCCCAACAACACCUCCCGACACCCCCCUCAUCCCCCAGCGAGCUGCCUCCGAGGCGUCUCAUCCUUUCUGUGUGCCGAGUUGAUCUUUGACAUUAAUUUUUCUCUGAACUCAGAUGAUUUUUAUCUGUACUAUAAACACUCGGCUCUGCUGCCUCUUCAAAGUCUGCACCAUCCCCACAGUAUUAAAAAAAAAAAAAAAACAAGCCACAAUUUAGAUUGAUCUCUGUUUACACCAUUUCUAGCAUUUCUUUUGUAAAAUAAACAUUUGUAAACUUCU